GGUGGGGCCUAGUCUAUGGUCCAAGCUCCGGGCCUCCGCGGCCAUCGUUUUCUGCGCGGUCGGUUCCCCUCGCGGGCUCCACGCCCUCCCGGGCCGAGUGGAGCUGGGUGGCGUCGACAGCCUCGCCCCGAGGGGCACCGCGGCUGCAGGGGCUGGCCUUCCAGCGCAACGCAAUGUCAGGCGUCGCCUCAGCUCUGUGAGUCCGAGGCCGCGGCCGUGGCGCGGGGCGGCGGCGGGUCCGGGCCUGAUCCGCUCAUGGUGCCGCCACGACACCAUCGCGGGGCAGGAAGGCCAGGUGUGCUGAGUGCUUCACCUCCUUUUAGACUCAGAUCUGCCAAGUUUUUAGGCAUCGCUCUUGAAGAUCUCAGAAAGGCCUUUAAUAUAAGACUGCAGAUGGUGUGUGUAUUUAUCAUGAACCGAAUGAAUUCCCAGAGCAGUGGUUUUGCUCAGCGCAGACGAAUGAUUCUUGGAAUUGUUAUUCUCCUACUUGUUGAUGUGAUAUGGGUCGCAUCCUCAGAACUUACUUCGUAUGUUUUUACUCAGUACAACAAACCAUUCUUCAGCACCUUUGCAAAAACAUCUAUGUUUGUUCUAUACCUUUUGGGCUUUAUUAUUUGGAAACCAUGGAGACAACAGUGUACAAGAGGAUUUCGAGGAAAGCAUGCUGCUUUUUUUGCAGAUGCUGAAGGUUACUUUGCUGCUUGCACAACAGAUACAACUAUGAAUAGUUCUUUGAGUGAACCUCUAUAUGUUCCUGUUAAAUUUAAUGAUCUUCCAAGUGAAAAACCUGAGAACACAAACAUACAUACUGAAAAAACUCCCAAAAAGUCCCGUGUAAGGUUCAGUAACAUCAUGGAGAUUCGACAGCUUCCAUCAAGCCAUGCGUUGGAAGCUAAGUUGUCUCGCAUGUCAUAUCCUACUGUGAAAGAACAAGAAUCUUUGCUCAAAACUGUGGGGAAACUUACUGCAACUCAAGUAGCAAAAAUUAGCUUUUUUUUUUGCUUUGUGUGGUUUUUGGCAAAUUUGUCCUAUCAAGAAGCACUUUCAGACACACAAGUUGCUAUAGUUAAUAUUUUGUCCUCAACUUCUGGACUUUUUACCUUAAUCCUUGCUGCAGUGUUUCCAAGUAACAGUGGAGAUAGAUUUACUCUCUCUAAACUGUUAGCAGUAAUUUUAAGCAUUGGAGGUAUUGUGCUGGUAAACCUGUCAGGGUCUGAAGAGUCUGCUGGAAGAGAUACAAUAGGUUCCAUUUGGUCUCUUGUUGGAGCCAUGCUCUAUGCUGUCUAUAUUGUUAUGAUUAAGAGAAAAGUAGACAGAGAAGAUAAGUUGGAUAUUCCAAUGUUCUUUGGUUUUGUAGGUCUGUUUAAUCUGCUGCUCUUGUGGCCAGGUUUCUUUUUACUUCAUUAUACUGGAUUUGAGGACUUUGAGUUUCCCAAUAAAGUAGUAUUAAUGUGCAUUAUUAUUAAUGGCCUUAUUGGAACGGUUCUCUCAGAGUUCCUGUGGUUGUGGGGCUGCUUCCUUACCUCAUCGUUGAUAGGCACACUUGCACUAAGUCUUACAAUACCUCUGUCCAUAAUAGCUGACAUGUGUAUGCAAAAGGUGCAGUUUUCUUGGUUAUUUUUUGCAGGCGCUAUUCCUGUAUUUUUUUCGUUUUUUAUUGCAACUCUCCUGUGCCAUUAUAAUAAUUGGGAUCCUGUGAUGGUGGGAAUCAGAAGAAUUUUUGCCUUUAUAUGCAGAAAACAUCGAAUUCAGAGGGUUCCAGAAGACAGUGAGCAAUGUGAGAGUCUCAUUCCUAUGCAUGGUGUUUCUCAGGAAGAUGGAGCUAAUUAGCUGUUGUUUGUAGUCCAGCUUGAUGGUGGAACAUUAUAGAGCGAAGAGACAAUCUCUGGCAAGUUUUUAUAGAAAAAUGUUUCAGUGCCUCGUCUGAAAAAAAACAGUUUCAGUUCUUUGAAACUUUAAAAUAUAUUUUCCUCCUAUCUGUUUUCUUCAUUUUCAUAAUGAAGUACUUUGUUAUGUAGCUGUGUACAUAAUCACUAGAGUUAAAGGAAUUUCCAGUCUACAGUCUAUGUAAAGGACCAACCUGCCUUACACAUCUCAAGGAAUUCAGCUGAUGAAAUAAUUUGAACUAAUCAAGGAAUAAAAACCUAAUGUUCUGGAGAUUUUAUUUUCACAUAUUAUUUGUUAAAUGCUGGACUAUAUUAUGAAAAUGUUUUCAAGAAAUCAUUUAAGUAUAUAAAUCAGUGUUUCUUACAUGUAAAAUGCUAAAAUAAGCUGCCUAUAAUAGGUAUGGAUUAUAUUUUUGAGUUUUAUUGAAUAUUGCAAAUAACAUAGAACAGAUGUUUAAUUUAUGCACCAACUAUGUUCAUGCAAAUUUAGUGGGACUUUAAAAAGAUUUAUUUGGGAAAAUAUCUGGUUCACUUACACUACAUAUACUGUGUUAUCCUUUCAUAGCAUUAGGUGCCUUGUAUUUUAAAUCUGUGACAAACUAUGAUAAAUUUUUAAAGGGGAAGUAUUGUAAAAUGAAGAAUUAUGUAUUUCUAAAGGCUGUAUUGCUGUAAAUUUAAUUGAUAAAGCUCUGCUUAAUUAGAGUUUUGAAGAAAUACUCUCUCUUCAAUUAAGACGUUUUCAUAAUGGAAUGAUUUAAAUUGAAGUGACAAAGAGUAUUAUUAAAAUAAAAUGUUUAUAUAUAUGUA